UGUGCCUGAGGUUGCGGUAGGGGUAAGGUUGACAGGCAAGGUGUCAGAGAACAGCCGAGAAGGAAAGAAAAGUGAACGAAAGAGACGAGAAAAGGAAAAGAUUGAGCAUCUUAGAUCUGGAAUGGGCCGUGAAGAUAAUCUCACGCUGUCAAGGGACCUGAAGUUCAGUCAUACGGUCCCUGACACCAGGGCGUACAAAAUCGCGGAAUCCGAAGUGGAGGCGCUCAAGUUUCCUCUCAGUUCCCUGUUCCCUGAAAAUGUCAACUAGAGCAGCUCUGGGGCGGCUGUGGGAAGCAGGAGGCCUGGCUCCUGUACUCGGGAAGUUCAGGACCCAGGGGACAGAAAGGGGGAAAGUGGAGAUGAGAAAUCGGACAGAGACUGCAUCCCGAGUUAAUAAACGCAGGUCGAGUUCCUCAAGCCCCUGGCUGCUCGCUGCCCUUGCGUUUGCUGUUAACAUUUUCCUAGAAUGAUCAGUCAUGUCUGUACCAGCUCAAGCCCCUGCUCAUAGCAGGCUUCUCAGAGCAUCCUCUCCAAGGUGGUGAGCAUCCCACCCAUCCUGAUGUUUGCCUUUUCUGUUUGUUAGAUUUAUUUAUCGCAGCACUCAUCACCGCCUGACGUGUGAGUACAGGCGUCCUUAACCCGAAGCGGAAUCCAUGGAGGAGCAUUGGGAACUCUCUGAAACGUUAGGUGAACUGUAGUGGUUAUGGGUGCAAUCCGGAUGAGAAACUGCAGAUGACGCUGGCCAGGGCAAUGGUUUGGUUUUGUGUUUUGAACUGUGAACCUCUUUGAGAGCCUGCAGUAUUCUAGAAAGAGCUGUCUGGAUCCCGAGGAAGUUCCAGAAAGAUAAGUACUUGAAUUAUAAAAUACAGUACUUUAUUCUGGUCAUCUUCGUAAGAGCUCCAAGUAGGAGACAGCAGCCAGUGAUCUUGUAAGACAUACACCUUGGACUGCCCAGAAAACAGCCUGCUGUGAGGGGUCUUUCUAGACACUGUAGUUCUGUCAGUGCUUGGUGUUUUCAGAAACGAAGAGUGGGUGUUGCCGGAAUAGAGGAACGGGCUGGCCGAGUUGGUAAUUACUAGACUUGUAAAUUACUUGUUUCCACUUAUCCCACCCCUACUGUUUACCAAAGGGAUACCUACCAAAUUGAAUCGGAAGAAAGAAACCUUUGAGUUUUGUCAGGGAAGCUUAGUAAUGCUGCACUUACUGUGCACUUCGUAUUCACUUAGCACUUAGAAUUUGCUAAUACUUGAUUCUGGGGUCAUUGUGAAUAUUAACACUUUGUUGAUAUCCCACUGUCAUCAGCAACCUCCUAACCCCUGUAUAACAUUGCCAAUUAUAUUAUUUAACAUCCCUAAAUCAAACACUGUCUUGGGUUCUUAAUUCUGAUUUCAAGAUGUCAUGGUACAGUUGAAAAACCACUGAUUUUAACACCCAAAAUAUGGGAUUGCAGUCCCAGUUCUACUAUUUAUUAGUUGUGACCUGAACAGCUUUUACAGGUGUGUUACAGGGAAAAUAACACCUGCUCUGUUACGUCAGCAGAUAAUUGUGAGGAUCAGAUGACACACGGAUGUGAAGGUGCGUUGUCCAGUACGAACUGCUACAUGCACAUACAUACAAUUCUGUCUAAAUACCAGUAAAACAUCAAAAGCAUAGAGUGAUAGAAUUCAAGGGGAUCUAAAAUAUCAGCAGACUUAAGUUCUUUAUUGUAAAGGUAAAGAAACUGAGAUCUGGUAUAAAAGAGAUCAUCAGCAGUUAACUUCCUUGAAGAAAGUGUGUGGCAGACCCAUCACUGGCAUCUGUGACGAUUGAAAUCUUUAUCUUACAGCCUCAACUGGAAGCUCUUGUUGCUUCAUAGGAACUAUAUGAGGGUGACUGGAAAAGUUCGUGGAAAUUGCACAUCAUGAACAAACCACAUGGAUUGCUAAAAUUUUUGCACCAGUAUAAGCUUACCUUUUAAUUUUAUUUUUCCAUGAAGUUUUUGACAUGUUCUUAUAUUAGUCCUGUAUUUGACCCAUAAGGAACACCCAAGGUAACAUUUCCAAAGAGAAUGUACUGCUCAAGAAAGUUCUCCACAGGCCUAGAAGGAAUUGCCAACUUCCUUGAAGGAAACGUCCCUUGGCCUGAUAUAUCCCAGCAUGGAUUCAUGCUGUUGGGUCUCUGACCAUGUAAGAGAAAUUUUAUUCCAGAGAUUGUCAAUUUAAGCAAAAUAUGCCAAAAUGUGUUGUUGCUAUUUUUCUUUUUUUUUUACAAAAGGCAAGAUGCUUAUAAGUAAUAAGAGUCCAUUUUGUGGACUCCAUAAAAUGGAAAUGAUUGCUGGGACUUUGCAUGAGAAACUUAAUCAAUCCUCAAUUCUUUUAUUUCUUGUUCUCCCCUACAGCCACCAAGACUUGAUGAUACUUAAUACUUAGUCAUCCUGAUGUCUUAAGUGAAAUCCAUUGACAAAAUUUCCAUCUCCCUAUUCCCCACCUAAAUUGAACACUCAAAGGAGAGAAUUAGUCAGGAGAGAGCAAGCCUAAUCCUUCCACACACAUCAGAGCCUUGUAGUAUAUCAUCAUCCUUCCUUUUGUCCUUUUGACCAGUCAGUUUCUGGCAGCCUCACCACUGUUGCCGUAGAGACAGUGAUAUCACCAGUUGUGAUUCUGACCUCACUCCCCAGUCCCAACAAGGGGGAGUUGCAUGGAAGGCUCUGGGAGAAAACAAGAUCUUGAGCUGAGCAAGGACAUCCCAGCAUCUUCAUUGAUUUAAAAAUAUAUUCUGGAGUCUCCUGUGGUUCACUACUCAAGUGCUACAGAGGUUCCUGAUAUUACAUGGCAGGAGGGGUGGGUAAACAUAGGGAUAGUGAAGACAACAACAGGUUAAUCAAGAGCUUUCCUCAUUUCUCAGAACCUUCCCUCAGCAAGAAUGUCAGAGAGGGUGGACUGGUUACAAAGCCAAAAUGGAGUAUGCAAAGUUGAUGUCUAUUCACCUGGAGACAACCAGACCCAGGACUGGAAAAUGGAAGUCUCAAAAGAUCCUGUCAGAGUGCUCAGCUGGCUCCGCCGAGACCUGGAAAAAAGUACAGCAGGGUUCCAAGAUGUUCGGUUCAAGCCUGGAGAAUCACCAUUCGGCGAAGAAACGACCAACAUAGGAGACCCACACAGAGGUUUCUCUGUGGAUGCUUACAACACCACCAACAAAGGCAGCCCAGGGAGAUUUCAUUUUGAGAUAACUCACAAAGAGAGUCCUGCCCAGGGCCCCGGUGCUGUACCUGGCAAUGGAAGAUCAGUAGAUGAAGUUUCCUUCUAUGCCAACCGCCUCACAAAUCUAGUUAUAGCUAUGGCCCGCAAAGAGAUCAAUGAGAAGAUCGAUGGUUCAGAAAAGAAAUGCAUUCAUCAGUCAUUGUACAUGGGGGAUGAACCUGCACCCGCCAAAAGCCUGAGUAAGGUAGCAUCCGAGCUGGUGAAUGAGACUGUCUCUGCAUGUUCCAAGAAUAAUGACUCAGACAAGGCUCCCGGUUCUGGAGACCGAGCCUCUGGAUCAUCCAAUCUCCCAAAUUUGAAAAAAAAGUCUACUUUGAAGAUCAAGGAGAGCACCAUGGAAAGCAAGGGUGCAGACGAUAAACCUGGUUCUCGGAAGUCUUUCUUCUAUAAGGAAGUGUUUGAGUCUCGUAAUGCAGGUGAUGCCCGAGAGGGUGGAAGGUUACCUGGAGAGAGGAAGCUGUUCAGGGGUCAGGAAAGGCCUGAUGACUUUACAACUUCCAUUAGUCAAGGGAUCAUGACCUAUGCUAAUAGCGUGGUAUCUGACAUGAUGGUCUCCAUCAUGAAGACACUGAGGAUCCAAGUGAAAGAUACAACCAUUGCCACCAUCCUGCUGAAGAAGGUACUGAUCAAGCAUGCCAAAGAAGUGGUCUCAGAUCUCAUUGACUCCUUCAUGAAGAACCUCCACAAUGUCACAGGGACCCUGAUGACUGACACAGACUUUGUCUCAGCUGUGAAAAGAAGCUUCUUCUCUCAUGGAAGCCAAAAGGCCACGGAUAUCAUGGAUGCCAUGCUGGGUAAGCUAUACACUGUGAUGUUUACCAAGAAAUUUCCCGAGAACCUCAGGAAAACUAAGGACAAGCAAGAGAGUUAUUCCCUCACGUCCAUGAAAGGAAUGGGUGACCCUAGAAACCGAAAUGUAAACUUUGCAAUGAGAUCUGAAGCUAAGUUGAGAGAAAAAAUGUAUUCUGCCCCCAAGCCUGAGAAGGAGAAGACUUGUGCGGAGACUCUGGGUGAGCACAUUAUCAAAGAGGGACUGACCAUGUGGCAUAAAACUCAACAGAAAGAAUGCAAGUCUCCAGGUUUUGAACGUAAGUCUCCAAGUUUUGAACGUAAGUCUCCAAGUUUUGAACGUAAGUCUCCAGGUUUUGAACGUAAGUCUCCAGGUUUUGAGCAUGUAACAUUUUCAGCUCCCAACAAACAGUAUAAACCUGCACCAGACAUUCCUUUUGGGUUUCCCCAGGAUACUUGCACCCUCAGCCCCCUGCUGCAUCAACCAGAGCAACCUGAGAAUUUUAUGUAUGAGUCAGACUCCUGGGCCAAAGACCUGAUUGUAUCUGCUCUACUUCUGAUUCAAUACCACCUCGCCCAGGGCGGAAGGAUGGAUGCACAGAGCUUCCUAGAAGCUGCGGGCAGCACCAACCUUCCCACCAAGAAGUGCCCUGUAGUUCCUGACGAGUCCAGCCUUAAGAUUCCUCAUGUGGUCGGUGACCAAGAGAAAGCCGAAAAGAAGGACCUCAUGAGUGUCUUCUUCAAUUUUAUCCGGAACUUACUUGGGGAAACCAUUUUCAAGAGUGACAAUAGCCCUGAACCCAAGGUGCCAGAACAGCCAGCUAAGGAAGAAGGUAGCCGCCACUGUGAGAGACCUGUAACACCUUCUCCCAUCAAACUAAAUGAAGGCGAUGAGACUGGGGGCACCUUUUCUGGGCUGACCAAGAUGGUUGCCAACCAGCUGGAUGGCCACAUGAAUGGGCAGAUGGUAGAACACCUGAUGGACUCAGUGAUGAAGUUGUGCCUCAUAAUUGCCAAGUCUUGCGACUCUCCCUUGGCAGAACUAGCCGAAGACAAGUCUGGGGAUGCCGGCAGGCCAAAUUCUGCCUUCCCUGAUAAUCUCUAUGAGUGUUUGCCAGUCAAAGGCACAGGGACAGCAGAAGCUCUCCUGCAGAAUGCCUAUCAAGCAAUCCAUAAUGAAUUGAGAGGUAUCUCAGGGCAGCCCCUUGAAGGGUGUGCACCCAAGGUGAUAGUCAGCAAUCACAACCUCACUGACACAGUUCAGAACAAGCAACUCCAGGCCGUCCUUCAGUGGGUAGCUGCCUCUGAGCUCAAUGUCCCUAUUUUGUACUUUGCUGGUGAUGACGAAGGGAUCCAGGAGAAGCUGCUUCAGCUCUCGGCUGCCGCUGUGGACAAAGGACGCAGCGUGGGCGAGGUCCUGCAGUCGGUGCUACGCUAUGAGAAGGAGCGACAGCUGGACGAGGCAGUGGGAAACGUCACACGGCUGCAGCUGCUGGACUGGCUGAUGGUGAACCUGUGACCGGCACCACACACUGCUCCCCUUCCUGCAGCGGUGGGCCCAGCCCUCCCCCUGCCCUUCCUCCUCACUUCCAUGGUUCCCCUCCUCUCUACAUCCUCCCAGAGGCCUCACAUUAUCUUCAUACCACUCACAGCAAAGACAUGUCAUCUUAUGCUAGUCACUGGAUUUUGCAGAUUUUCCUGUCCAUGCGAGCAAGGACAUAAAAUUAAAAAAUUACAAUUA